CUUGAUAUCCCUGGCCCUCUCUCCCAUUGAAUCUGGGGUGCUGCCUUCCUCCACGCCCGUCCCCAUUCCGGCAUCCCCCAUCCCCUUGUGCCUCCACUCACCGGCUUUUCCAAGCGAUCGAAAAUUCCGCCUUUCUGAAAAACUAAAAUAAGAAAUAAAAUACAGUACUUUGGCCAAGGGUGUUCCGUACUACAGUGUAUGGUGCACUAUCUCCAGGUACGUCUCUUUUUCCUUACAAUCCUCCCCCGCCGCCUCUCUUCCCGCCAUUUGGUCUGUUACACGCCUCGCACUCUUGUGGCCACGCACCGCGACUGGUCGGCUUCCGGCCAUUACGGAACCACCGUGCCUUGCAAGACCUCUCUUUAUGGGCCUGGUUGUUCUUAUUAUGUGUCCAUUUUUUUUUUAAGCUUAUUUAUUCCCUUCACGAAAGUCUAUAUUGAAACACUGUUGUGGUGUUUUCUGCAUCUUGGCAGCUCCCAUCCGCAGCGGUUCGCUGACUGGGGCUUUUUCCACCAGACACACUCUUGUUUCCCUUUCACAGGUCCCGUGACCACCAAUCCCUCGCAGCCUCCCUCAACCUGCCAACCGCUGCUAUUUCGGGACUGGCUACCAUCGUCCGCUUGCGAGUCGGCAUUUUAAUAGUCCAGCCUUGUCGGUAUGUACAUCCUUUUUUCUCUCUUUAUCUUAUUCAUUAUUGUUUUGUGAUUGCCUGAGACAAAUCUGUAAUGCAAUUCCCUAUUUUUUGACUUUGCUCGAGGUCUUCGCGUUGGGUUGAUCUGUUUCGGCUGUGCUUCGCCUCGGUCGUGUCGCAGGCCCAGGCGCGACGACUGACUAUCCA